UUAUAAGCUUAAACAUAGGGCCUACAAAGAUAUACGCUCGUCAUUACCCCACUCUGGCUUGAAUUGGUGUUGGAUCUCAAGUUGGUUCAACUUAUAUAUGGCGACGAUGUUCGAUUUCGAGACUGAUGUUCCACUUUUGGGCAUCACGAUUGACCCAGACAAUCCAGAAAAAAGCGUGAAAGAAGUUCUUAAAGUCACAAAAAAGACGUGGAGCUUGGAGGAUGUUAAAUUAGAGACAGGUAAUAUCGGCUAUGUCAACAAAACACUUGUAGCCGUGCUAAAUGGAGGUCCGGAGAAAGUGGUCUUCAGGGUGUUUACCGAAUCUUUCGCAGCCAUCAUGAACAAGGAACGGGAGAAAGUUGUAACCCUCCUGCUCCACGAGCUGAAAAUCGCCCCGAGCGUUAUCUGUGUGUUCGCCAAUGGCAUCUGCUUCGAAUUUAUCGAAGGGGAGACGUUCCACUGGAAGGAUUUCUCGGCGUUUGACGAUAUUCGCCUUGUCAAGUCAGUCAUGAGGGAACUGGCCCGUUUCCAUAGCCAAAAGUCGCGCGAUUUAGCCAUCAACAAAUACCACUUGGAAGAGACUGACUUCCUGAAUGGUCACAUGAGCAACUGUUUGAAGAUGUAUCCAGAUGAAGAGAGGGUUCAAGCCUUGCCAGAUGGAGAGGUCAAAUAAUGUCUAUGCACGACAGCGCCACCCAAGGCAACUAUCAUCUCCGAGAUGGAUGAGAUGAGAAAGAUAGUAGAAGAGAUGAAUCUUCCUCUGGUACUCUGCCACGAUGAUAUUAAUCCGACCAACAUCAUUUAUAAUGGAGAAAAUGAAUCUUGCACUUUAGUUGACUAUGAUAUGACCUGUUUCCGAUUUGCGGAGUUCGAUCUGGCUAUUUUUCUUCAAUCAAUAUGCCAGGGUUUCAAUCCGGCGGACCCUUCCCGGCCCCGGCGCCAACCGGAGUUCUGGAAGGAGGCUCUUUUGGAAUACCUCAAAGCGAAGGCUAAAAUAGACGGUGUAGAUGAGGGGGAAGCAGCUGGUCUCCUCGAGCAGUGCUAUGUCAGAGUCAGAACUUUGGCACUGAUAUACAGCCUGAUAUUUGUUACUUACUGCUUUAACGUUGGAGUGUCCAACCCCAACCCUCCUUACGGGGUACCAAUGGACUACAUAAAUGUUGGCCUGGGCGCAUACCAGACAGACUACCUCAAUGUCAAGAAUGAGAUCAUCCAACCCUUUCUCACGGAUUUAGGAGGAUUGUGAUAGAUGUUUCCCUGGGCCAGAUGGGUGCCCUAUCAUAGCAACACAGAUUUGGGGAAUGAAUGUAAAGCGCUUUAAGACAGGACUAGUACAGUAUAAAGCGCUAUGUAAGAGCAUAGAUCUGUAAAAGGAUUUAUUUUGUAUAUUUCUACAUUUGAUUCCAAGGUCAUUUUGCCAUAUAUCCUAAACGUUUUUACCAUAUGUCGAAGUUUUUGUCGACCUAACUGGUUGUCAUCCUCAGGUAUUCUGAGCAGUUCCCAGUUUAGGAUGUAUCGCAAAAUGAUAUCUAUACGUUAGUAUCUUUAUUUAUUGAUAACGCAGUUCAGCAAAUAAAUAAUACGAAUAUUAAA